AGAGCUGGGCUGUGGGCUUCCUGUGGAGGUGCUGGGAGCAGCUGCUUUUGGCAGAGGGGAGGGUCAGGUGUGGUCAGAGGUGCUUAAUUGUAGAGGCAACGAAUCUGAGAUUUACUUCUGCCCAAAAUCAUCUUCACUCAAAUCCAACUGCUCCCAUGACAGUGAUGUGGGUCUAGUGUGUUCUGGUCACACUCAGGCUCAGCUGGUGAACGGCUCUGACUCCUGUUCUGGUCAAGUGGAGCUCCAGUACCUCAGUGAGUGGGGCACAGUGUGUGAUGUAAGCUGGGAUAUGAGAGCUGCCAGUGUCAUCUGUGGUCAGCUGAAGUGUGGGAGUGCUGUUGCUGUGUUGGGGUCAGACUGGUUUGGGGAGGGGAGUGGCCAGAUCUGGGCUGAUGUGUUUGAUUGUCAGGGGAACGAAACACACCUGUCAAAAUGUCCUGUUUCAUCAUGGAGUCGAACUGCAUGCUCUCAUAAACAGGAUGCUGGAGUCAUCUGCAGUGGUUCCUCUCUGGCGUUUCAUGAGGGGCGAGUGCGGUUGUCUGGAGGGAUGGAGUGUGAGGGGGAGGUGGAGGUGUACCUCAAGCAGGACUGGAGGAGAGUUCUGCUGGACUCCUGGAGUGAGUCUGAGGCCUCUGUGCUCUGCAGACAGCUGGGUUGUGGCUCUGUGAUCAACUUCUCCAGCUCUUCUACAUCCAAUCCUGAUCACAGUCACAUGUGUGUGACAGGUUUCAAUUGUUCUGGGAGUGAAGCUCAUCUGGGGAACUGCAGUAGUGCACAUGCAGUCAACUGCAGCUCCAGAGAACAGCUCUCAAUCACCUGCUCUGGUAAGUUUAAUUCAGCUCACAGCUCCAUCAGGCUGGUUGGUUCUGGGGGAGACUGUGCAGGAAGGCUGGAGGUUUUCCACAGCGGUUCAUGGGGGACAGUGAGUGAUGACUUGUGGGAUAUUAAGGAUGCGCAGGUGGUGUGCAGACAGCUUCAGUGUGGUGUGGCCCUCAGUGCUCCAGUACCAGCCCAGUUUGGACCUGGAACUGGACCCAUAUGGCUGAAUGAGGUGGAAUGUGAGGGGAACGAGACGUCCCUGUGGAACUGCGGAUUUCAGCUGUGUGAAGAGGAUGAAUGUGGACACAAGAACGAUGUAGGGGUUGUGUGCUCAGGUAAAGUGAUAUUAAGGAAGUUAACAUUAGCAUUAUGUUUCAAGUAAUUUCUUCAGGAAAUACUAGAUAUUGAAGAUUUAAUGAAUUUAGGAAUUAUAUUUAAAAGAAUAUAUAAAUUAAUAAAUAUAUUAAUAAAAAAUAAAAAAAAAGCUGAA